UGGUACAGUCAGAGAGGGCGGGGUUUUCCCUCUAAAUUGAAGCAAACUCAAAUAAAACAGGACGCGCAUGAACCGUAGAUUCUUCCGACACACACCAGACGGGGAGAGGAUGAGGACGUGCUCCUGGAAGCAGCUUUCCGUCUCUCCAGCCCAGCCCUCCUUCACUCUCAAGCUGCUGCUGCAGAGCAUCUUUCUUUAAGCGGGAGCAGCUGUUUUUGCCUGUGUAUUUGAUAUUAUUUGAUUUUAAAUUCAAUUCCAUUUUGACACCGUGCAUCCGUCAGCAUCUGUAGCCAUGUCAGACUCCGACGACAUGACGGAGUUCGCCAGCAUCGUGGAGCGGAUCGAGCGGGGCGAGGUCCCUAUCAAGAACAUUGAGAGGGAGCUGAUCUGCCCGAUCUGUAAGGAGCUCUUCACCCAUCCCCUGAUCCUGCCCUGCCAGCACAGCGUAUGCCACAAGUGUGUCAGGGAGCUGCUGAUGUUGAACCACGAGGACUCCUUCGAUGCUGGUUCUGAGUGCUCCCUCCCCGGCAGCCCCAGGUCCAGGGUGCCCUCCCCCUCCAUGGAGAGGCUGGACAGGCUUGUGCGAUCAGCCACAGUGCGAAGGUCGUUUGGAAGUCGAGGUUCAAUCUCAUCCCCAGGCUGGCGCAGAGGGUCAGUGACUCCCCGGGUCACCACCAUCCCAUGCCCGGGCUGCCAGCAUGACAUUGACCUGGGCGAGCGUGGCAUCAGCAUGCUGUUCCGAAACUUCACCCUGGAGAGUAUUGUGGAGCGCUACCGACAGGCUGCCCGCGCGGCUAUCGCAAUCAUGUGCAACACCUGUAAACCUCCACAUCAGCAGGAGGCUACCAAGAGCUGCAUGGACUGCAAGGCGAGCUACUGUAAUGAGUGUUUCAAGCUGCACCACCCCUGGGGUACGCCCAAAGCCCAGCAUGAGUACGUCGGCCCCACCACAAACUUCAGGCCCAAGGUGCUCAUGUGUCCGGAGCAUGAGAUGGAGAAGGUGAACAUGUACUGUGAGGUCUGCAAACGACCAGUGUGUCACUUGUGCAAGCUGGGAGGGUCCCAUGCCAACCAUAAAGUGACCACAAUGAGCAGUGCCUACAAGAUCCUCAAGGAGAAGCUGGCCAAGAGUAUCCAUUACCUCAUCAGUAAAGAGGACCAGGUCAGGACUCAGAUUACUGAGCUUGAUCUUCUCAUCAGUCAGACUGAGGAAAACGGACAGCUCGCGGAGCGUCGUGCCAAUGAGCACUUUGAGCGUCUGUUUGAGACUCUGCAAGAAAGAAAAUCUGAAAUGCUAAGGUCCAUUGAACAGUCUCGUAACCGGCGUCUGGACCACCUGAAAGGCCAGGUGGAGGAGUAUCAGGGUAUGCUGGAGAACAGUGGUCUAGUGGGAUAUGCCCAGGAGGUGCUGAAAGAGACUGACCAGUCCUGCUUUGUUCAAACUGCAAAGCAGCUACAUGUCAGGAUUCAGAGAGCUACAGAGUCUCUGAAGACCUUCCACCCUGCAGGUGACCCCUGUUUUGACGAGUUUGUGCUGGACACGUCCAGAGAAGAGACCCUACUUAAAGAGAUGUGCUUCGGCGGAGUUCCAGACCCUCCUCUGAUUGACUUGUCCCAGAGCAGAGUCUAUAAUGAGGCAUCAAUCUGCUGGAGGCUGUCGGACGACCAUCUACCUACAGAUCACCAUGUGCUUGAAUACCGCAGACUUAAGGGGCCAAGCCAAGCCUCGUCCCAGGAAGAUGGUGAGGAUGGCGGAGUCUGGAGGGCUACAGACAGGUUGUACGGACCCAGCACUGUGGUGCCGGAUCUGGAGCCUAACAGCCUGUACUCCUUCAGAGUUCGAAGCUGCAGGAACUCCAUGUUCAGUCCUUACAGCCCUGAGGUCACCUUCCACACGCCACCUGCUCCUGCUUUCGGCUUCCUGUUCAGUGACAAGUGUGGAUUCAGCGCGGAGCGGCUCAUUCUGAACAAGCGUCGAGACACUGUGGAGAGUGUGGCCGGCAUGGCCUUCCUCCUCGCAGCAGAACGUGUGCAGACAGGCAGCUACAUCAGCGUAGAUUACAUAAUUGGGGACAUCGGUAUCUCUCAGGGCAGACAUUAUUGGGCCUUUAAGGUGGAACCGCAUUCGUACAUGGUUAAAGUUGGAGUGGCCUCCGACACCAAGCUUCUUGAAUGGUUUCACAAUCCGAGAGAUACCAGCAGCCCAAGGUACGACCAUGACAGUGGACAUGACAGUGGUAGCGAGGACACGUGCUAUGAAGUCUCCCAGCCCUUCACUCUUCUCACCCUCGGCAUGGGUAAACUCUUCAUCCCCAAGGCGUCCUCAUCCUCUUCUGUUUCCUCAGCAAACGCAUCAACUAGCGACCCCAGCAAUCGCGUACUUCCCAUGCCGCAGCGCCUGGGUAUAUGCUUGGAUUAUGAAGCGAGCCGGGUGUAUUUUUAUGACGCCGACACUAUGAGGUGCCUUUAUGAGAGGCAGGUGGAUUGUUCGGGAACAAUGUUUCCAGCUUUUGGCCUCAUGGGCAGCGGAAAGGUUCAACUGGAGGAGUUCAUCAACGCUAAGAGACUGACCUUCUGAGGAGGGGGUGGAGGAUGUUGGUUCAUGGAGAUCUAAAUCUGUAAAAUCUUUGGCGUGUUGUGUGAAGACCUGGUUUUGCAGAUAGUAAUUAAGUUUUAUUUUUUUCCGUGAUUAGAUAACGCAGUUGUCACUAGGUCCUUUUGUUCUAAAUGUGAAGAUGGGGCAACUGGUCUGACUGGUUUCAUGUACGACCCGCAGAUAAGAUGACUCGAGACUAAGAAAGGUCUUCUCUAAAUACCAAAGUCACUUUAUCUGUUUAUUGUAUUUGACCAGGUUUUAAUAUCCAGCUGGGAUCAGCUGUUGAUGUUGGCUGCAGAGUCUGCAGUCAAUUUAAGUCUUUGUUUUAACAUGAAACUUCUUAUAAUCACACUUUUGCCAGAUAUGUGGUGAUAAAUUAUUUUGUGGUCUUCAGUCGUUUGCUCUUGGUCUAAACGUAGCAGCACAGGUUUAGACGUAUGUCUAGUGGAAACGACAGAGAGCGCCUUUGUGCCUUUUUUUUUUUUUUUUCCUGUUUUCAGUAAAUGGGUCACUGAGUUUUCUCUAGCAAACAGAUAACACUGUCACUGCACAAAUAAUAUUGUAUGUGGAGUUAAUGUAGGUGUAAUUUAAUCACAGACACUGUUGUCAGUUGUUGGUAUCCAUUAUGACUUUAAACUAUGUACUCUUAUCACUGAAUACACUACUUUCUUUCUUCUCAAUUUUAUUUUUACCUUUUUUUUUUGUUGCACAAUUUGAGUGAUAAACUUUACAAUUAUCACAGUUUGAUCACUACCUAAAUGGCUUCUCCACUUUAAAUGCUGUCAUCACACAGUAAAUGUCACAUUGUCUCACACUCACACUCACUAAAGUGUCUGCCUUUACUUGAAAAUGUGACUCACGAUUAAAAGCCCUUUCUUUUUUCACAUUUCUGUUGCACGUAACACAAUGACUUUCACUAUCACAAAUGUAUGACAUACCUGAACACAAACAUCCAUUCAACAGCUGUAACAUCGCUAAUAGCCGAGGCUUCUUGGCUCUGGUGCUGACUUUUGGUGCAACCUUCAGACGUGUGCUCCAACAGCCUCACAAGAAUUUUUAUUCAGGUUCUUACAAAAAGUGCUUUUGCAAAUCGGUACCUUUGCUGUCAAAGCCACCAUGUAAUACACUCGAGGUGUAACGUUCUGGCAACUUACUUUUUGGGGCUUUGCUGUCAGACACUUUCGUUUAAGUACAGAUGUUGAAGUCUGAGAACACUGGACAAACUGUUCACUGGGAAGCGACAUAUUUGUUUAGAAACGCAUAUAUGUGCCUGCAUAUGAGUUUGUUACUUUUAUAUAUAUUUUGAUUUCUGGAGGGUUAUGGUAAUCGGUUUGUGUGCGUUUUCUCAGGUUUCUGGCUCUAUGUGGGCCCAGUGCUACCUACCUCUAUCAGUCAGGCCUGGAAAACCUUAACUACUGUACCUUUCCUCUAAGAAAUAGUUUGCUUUGAUUUACAGUUCAUGCUGGAGUAGUAACUGAGCAUUAUAUAAUGUCACAAUAGGCAGAUGUUUCAAAAUGUUUGAUUGUUAAACUGUAGAUAUUAAUCAAGGAUAUAUUUUUUUCAGUGAAAUAAAGUGUCAUAAAUGUUUAUGAUAGAUGGUGUAUUGCUUGUGAAUCACUUGAUGGAAAUAAAAUGUAAGCUGAUGAUGCCUUUUAGGCUGCUGUCAAGGGAAGUUUUUUUUUUUUUCUUUCCUUUUGUGCUGUUUGUUUGAAUGUUUUGGUUUUAGGAUAUAAAGUAUAAUUCUUGUUCUGGACUUUAGCAAUUUCAUGUUUGAUUACUUUAUCCUACAAGUGUAACUCUUUCCUUCCACUCCUCAGACUUGACACCUGUUGUUCAGUUUUCUUAUUUUCCAUCCCAACAUCUAUGCAUUUAAAAUUUGGCAGAUCAGGUUCAGUUUUAUUCCCACACAGAAUGUAUUCCUAAUCACAAAACCGUGGCUGAAUGUUCUCUUGCAGUCAAUUUCUUUUCCUCAUAUUGGGACUUUCAACACACUAACUGUAUGUAAUUAUAGCAACCUGACCAAUAUAAAGUCUUAAUGUGAUUGAUUAAAUCAGAAUGCAUCCUAUAUCCUGCUUUUAAAUUACAAAUUUGGUACCAAAUAAUAUGCAGGCUGGCUUUCAAUCUAAUCCAGUCCAUUUACAAGCUAGCACCUUGAAAAGAUGUAGCAUGUUUGCAAAUGUUUGGCUCUGUUGCGUAGGCCUGUAUGUGUGUGUGCAAUAUUAUUAAAGAGCUGAAAAGAGGACACAUGCCUUUAAAAGACAACUUGCACUGUUAAUGGUUUAAAGGCUACCUUGUGGUUUUAAAAUGGGCUUUUCCUGGAUGGAAGUACAUUUUGAACACAGUAAAUGGGUUUUUGCUCCUCAGUAAUGCCCAGAUUUUUCUAAACUCUACAGUGCAUUUGCCCCCUUGUGGUUUCUGCUGAGGAUUGGGUUUGCUGUGUGAAGUGAUAGACUUACUGUAUGUAUAUAAUUAUGUAAAGAUGUGGAAAUAUUCUUUGAUUCCUUAUAUGGCUACACUUUUUUUUGGCUUUGCUGUUUAGGGGUCUCAACAAAUAAAACUUUUUA